AGCUGGAGCGUAAUGAGCAACAGCGAGGGUGUGGUGGCUGGCCAGGGUGCCGGAAGCGAUCGUCUUUGCGAGGACGUCGACAUGGCAACCCCGACGUCGGCGUCGUCAAAUUUGAAGCCAAGAAACGGUAAGAUCAGCUUCAGCGUGGACGCAUUGCUUAGCGGCACGAAGAAGUCUGCGGCUGCUGGAGGCGGUGGUGGUAGAAAUUUUAAUAAUAGCAGAAGAGAAAACGAGGAAAGAAUGGACAUUGAAAAGAAUUUGGAGAUGGAGGCAAGAUACCGAGAGAUACUGUUGGAACAACAAAGAAUACACAGCAGAGAACUGUUGGCAAGGUUAAGUCCACAUGGUUCCGUUUUAGCGGCGUUCGGUAAUCAUCAUCAUCAUCAUCAUCACCAUCAUCAUAACCAUCAUCAAAAUCGAAUACAAGAACAAGAACAUCAUCCGUCGGCAGGUAGACAAGAGAUCCUAACCGUGAAAGAUUUCUCAAGAUCUAGCAGUCACGACAAAUCCUCAUCCCCGAUCAGAAUAGACCAGGAAGUUCAAAGGGAUAGAGACGGAGAGGAUCGUCGAUUAACGACGGACUCGCCGAUCGGUAGAAUCACCGAAUUGGCGUUGCAAAGAGAACGCGAUAGGAUUCAGGAUGACGAGGAUUCGAGAAACGAUAGAAUGACCAAUCCCCGUUCGGUAUCGCCAGUUAGUAGGCGAGAAAUGUUAGACGAUCGUAGCGAUUCCGAGGCGAAUCGUUCCCUCGAAGGUGACAGAACGACGGAUCAUCUUGAUCUCGAGGAUCAAGAGAUACGAAGCGUCGGACAGUCGGAAGAUCUCAACGUAAUGGACUCGGAUUGUGAACUCGAGAGAGAUCUCGAGACCGGUCAAGAAAAAGAAGAGAAGUCGAGUCCGGUAGUGCCUCAGCCAAUACACCCUGGGGUCCAAAGGCCCUCGCAGGGAGGGCCUUACCUUACCGGUGCACCCGGCGCUCCUGGAUGGAAUCCUGCAGGAUUUCCGCAUUCUCUUGCUAGCUUUGCCUGGUUACCCCCACCCCCACACCCACAUAACCCUCAUGGACAUCUGUAUACGCCUCACGGAGGACCCACGAGUCCUAACGGUGAUUUAAGAUUACCAGGUCCAGGACCAGGUCCAGUACGUUGCACCCUACGGAAGCAUAAACCAAAUAGAAAACCGAGGACACCGUUCACAACGCAGCAGCUGUUGUCUUUGGAGAAAAAAUUUCGAGAGAAGCAAUACUUGACGAUAGCAGAACGUGCGGAAUUCUCUUCGUCCCUUCAUCUCACGGAAACGCAGGUGAAGAUCUGGUUUCAAAACAGACGAGCGAAAGCGAAGAGAUUGCAAGAGGCUGAAAUCGAGAAGCUACGACUUUCGGCAAGGCCCUUAUUGCACCCAAGUUUCGGUUCGGGCCUGAUGUUCUCGGGCGUUGGUCCUCCUGGUACACCAGGAGUGCCACCCUUUAUCGCAGCGGCCAUGGCUAGGCACACCCAUGCUGCUGCCGCGGCGGCCAUGUUCAUGGGGCCCCCUGGACACAGGCCUUAAUAAGGCGGACUCGUUCGACCUUCGUCGUCUCUCUUACUUGGCCAACGACGAGUCAGCUAACAGUUUUAGUUGCUUCAACGAACUCUCCUUGAGAAGAGGAUAUUUGUUGUGUAUCUUCGAGAAAGGUCCACUUUUUCUUUUCAAUCCAACUCUCUUUCCAAUUGUCCACUCUUUUUCUUUAUUCCCAUCCACUUUCAAUUUAUAUUCUCUCACGUUGUCUUUUUUUUUUUGGUUUCCUUUUUAAUCCAUUUACCAUUUCUCGACGGACAUCGAACAAUAAUUUCGAUUGUUAACGUUAAGUUAACGUGAAAAAUUUUCCAAUUACAUUUUCAAAAAGAUCGAGAAACAUCGUCGUCUUGGAAACCUGCUGGACUACAACCUGAGAGAAAAGUUUCUACCAAAUUUGAAAAUAGAAGAACCAAACGUGUGAAAUCCAAUUACGCGUUACGAAAUAACUUUGCACCGUAUAGGCAUACCAUCGGCCAAUAACAACCCACACAUAAUCUUGAUCCUUAUUAUUACUAUUACUAUCUUUUCUUUACAUAUGUAUAUAUAUUUAAUCGAAGAAAAGUAUCAUCGCCUUUUGUGCCUCCUCGGUGAUGCACCAUUUUAAACCGUGGUGGUAAACCAUCACCACCACCACCACCCACCCCUCAUCAACCCCCAGCCGCCGUGGACUUAAAUUACUUGACAUUUAUUUGUGUUCGACAAGAAAAUUGUGAUCGAUUGUGAACUCGUGUUUCUCUCUUAGCAUUUAUUCGUGGCAUUUUAAUGGUGGUCUUACAUUAGAAUGGAAAAUAAAGGGGUAAGAAAAGAAGGAGAAACGGUAGAGGAAAAUGAUGGGAGCGAUGUGAAAAUAAAAACAAAACGAACGAAAAAAAAUCAUGCACAUAAUUGUAAAUAAUUGUUCGUUCGGUCGAUAAUCGCUAGGAAUGCACGUAUGCGUGUCGUACGUAUGUGUGUACGUGAGUGUACUUAUGUAUAUAAACGAGUGUAUAAUACGUUCGAUUUCGAUGCAAUUUCAAAAAGUAAUCGCGAUUAAUCUAAAUCAAAUGAAAAAGACAAAAUAUAAAUGAAAAAAAAAAAAAAUAAAUAAAAACGCGAUAUUCGUUCUCAUUUUGAUGCAUAUUUAUUUAUGUAUUUAGAGAAAUCGAAUUUUUACGAAUAGAGAAAAAGAUUAACUUUAGUAUCUUUUAAACGAAAUAAUAAAUAAACAGAACUGACCUGUGAACUUGUAAUAACAGUAGCUCAGAAAAAGACCUGAUAAUCGUUUACGUUUAAAGUGCGUUAUAUUUCGAAGUGUAAAUAAUGUGUAAAAGAUAAAAAUUGAAGAAUCUCUUUUAUUACGAAGAAACAUGUGAUUGAUUCUUCUAAUUUGCUGGAAAACGAAAGAGAACAAAUCUAAAGAAUAAUUUUUCGCGUGUGUAAAUAAAUAAAUAUAUAAUCCGAGUAAGAAAGAUGUGUGUACGAUUCAUGUGUGUCCUCUUUCGUUUGUCCGUGUGUGUGUGUCUUCGUUUUUAGUAUGAGUGAGAGAGAGAGAGAGAGAGAGAGAAAAGUGAAAAUUGGGAAAUAAACAUGUAAAUUAUGUAAUAUCUACGUGUACGAUCAUCACAUUGAAAGAUCCUUUGGUAGUAAAAAAAAAAAAAAAACAAAAGGAAUGGAAAAAAACUGAGAAUGAAUUUUAAGAUUAAAAAAAAUCUAAUUAAAAAACGUAAAUCGCGCGACGUGAAUUUAAACAAACGAUAGCAAAACUUUUGCUCUGUAUAAAUGUAACAUGAUAAUUUAUCCACAAGAAAUACACACACAUAAAAACACACACAUACAUAUUAUAUAU